AGUGAACCGUAUUUUGUUCUCUCUCUCUCUCUCUCUCUCUCGAUGUAAUUUUCAUAUCUCUACACGCGCAGGGCGUUUCAUUGGUUGCGCGAUUUGACAGAAUAUCUACGAUUAAACAACUAUGCCAUCAAACGCACUGCGCACGGAGAAGCGAUAAACACGUGAACGCAUUAUCAUUAAAGAAAGAUAGCAUUUAAAAGGCGUACCGGUGUUGUGAAGAUGGCAGCGAUAAAUAACACACUACCACCCUUAAUGUUUGGUCCGGUGCGUGAUGAUGGCCGUUGGAAAAGUGAAUGGUGCUCAUUCAUUUUCAGAUCAUUAUUUGUCGACACACGUAAGAUGGGCGUGUUGUGACGAAAAGUGACGUUUUCUUUUGCUGUGAGUUGUGUGGAAAAGUUAAAUGUAAAAGCAAGAUAUAUCAUCUUAAGUGUGUUAAAGGAAAAGUGUUUACUGAGCAUCAACAUUAGUGCCGUUAAGAAUGUGAGAUUGGUGUAGUGUGGGAUUGGAGGAAAAUAGAAAUCGAAACCCCACAUCAAGCAAUCCAGUUGAGAGUGUUCCUAGCCAUUUCCAUUUAGUAUCUUCUAGCAUUACCGCACAUUAAGCAAACCACGGAGAAUUAAAAAGCACCACCGAAAUCGCAUAUGCAACAUGCCGGCGUACGCUGGAUUUGACAGUUUUGCAUCGUCCCGCCGGACGGCAGAAUCGAUUUACUACACCGCUAAGGAGUACGACUCGGCAGAGGAGUCCGAUUACGUCCGGCGUGCGAUCUUCGAGGAUGGUCCAAACACCAUGUUUAACAGGCGAUAUGUCGAUCCGUGGGAUAUGGAGAACUAUGUCUACAUUCGCAAGCAAGUGAUGGAUCCAACGUCCGAGUCUGAAGUACCACCAUCACCAGCCGGUGAACCGAUACAGUCAAAGUUCUACUACGUGCCCGGUGAGCUGAACGGGAAUGGGCUCGAAUGUCGCGAUUGCUCCAGUGCCGAGCUAAUCGAUCCAGAGUUCGAAACCGAUGCACAGGAGGAAGAUCUGGAACGGCAGAGUGCCGUGCUGCUACCGGAGGAUGAACUCGACGGUGAACCGCAUCACCACCCGAUGGAGGAGCAUCCAAGCGAGAUGGAGGAGGAGGAAGAGCUAAACGCCGAAGAUGACGAGGACGAGGAUGGAUUCUACACCGAACGAUACGAUACCGUUAUGGACGAGGAUAGCAUCGGAGGAGACGAACAUGUCUACAGCUCAUACACAGAUCUGGAAACCUCAUCGACAGAGCAGCCAAGCUCGUGUGAUAGUUCGAUGUCAGCGCUACGUCUUCAUACGCCCGGGUUUGGAAAGACUGCCUCCAACAGGCGUCCCAUAGUGCUGCCUAAACCAUUACCCCAGUUGGAAUUUCCUGGCCCACCAUCGUAUGAAUAUUACGAGCCAAGUUGCUGCUACAUGCCACUGCCACCGCCUCCACCACCACCGCCUCCGCCGGCACACUUCCACCAUCAUCAUCACCAUCACCAAGGACACCCGGGGCUCCCGAUCGGGCCACCGCCGUCCGUAACUGGGACGAUUCUGUCCGAUCAUCACAACUACUACACGCUGAACGAUUGUCUCGAGUGUGCCCGGCAGGAGGCGGAACAUGUGCCGCUGUAUGCCACGACCAGCAGCGGCGGAUUGCCCGUAACGACCGGCAGCCCGACGAGGCGGCGAUCCCGCAGUGUCAGCGUCGUCAGCCAGAGUAUGAGCCUUGCUAGGCGCCCGAGCCAGAUGCUGGAUCCGGCCACCGCGAUUGCGAUCGCAGCGACCAACGCUAAUGUAUGUUACACACCGCAACAUUUCAGCUUAAGCAAAAAGGGUCUGCUGCAGAUCGAUUACUCCUGCAACUGGAACAAUCUUGAUCGAUAUAUCGCCAAAUAGACCGAUCGAUAGCACGCACUGCACCAACAAACAUUAAGUGGAUAAGAUAAUUUAAACCAUUUUCUAAAGGUAAAGGUUAGUCGAAGAGUCGUUAACAGAUUAUCUAUUACAGUGCGAGAAGCGAUGGCCGAUGGCGAAUACAUGUAUGAAAUGUAAAUAUCGUUAAACAAUUAAUUGUUCUUUUAAAAA